AUGCAUGCACCCACUCUAUCAGUGCAUGCACCCACUCUAUCAGUGCAUGCACCCACUCUAUCAGUGCAUGCAACCACUCUAUCACUGCAUGCACCCACUCUAUCACUGCAUGCACCCACUCUAUCACUGCAUGCACCCACUCUAUCAGUGCAUGCACCCACUCUAUCAGUGCAUGCACCCACUCUAUCAGUGCAUGCACCCACUCUAUCACUGCAUGCACCCACUCUAUCAAUGCAUGCACCGACUCUAUCACUGCAUGCACCCACUCUAUCAGUGCAUGCACCCACUCUAUCAUGCAUGCACCCACAUCUAUCAGUGCAUGCACCCACUCUAUCACUGCAUGCACCCACUCUAUCACUGCAUGCACCCACUCUAUCACUGCAUGCACCCACUCUAUCACUGCAUGCACCCACUCUAUCACUGCAUGCACCCACUCUAUCACUGCAUGCACCCACUCUAUCAGUGCAUGCACCCACUCUAUCAGUGCAUGCACCCACUCUAUCAGUGCAUGCACCCACUCUAUCAGUGCAUGCACCCACUCUAUCACUGCAUGCACCCACUCUAUCACUGCAUGCACCCACUCUAUCACUGCAUGCACCCACUCUAUCAGUGCAUGCACCCACUCUAUCAGUGCAUGCACCCACUCUAUCAGUGCAUGCACCCACUCUAUCACUGCAUGCACCCACUCUAUCAGUGCAUGCACCAACUCUAUCAGUGCAUGCACCCACUCUAUCAGUGCAUGCACCCACUCUAUCAGUGCAUGCACCCACUCUAUCAGUGCACGCACCCACUCUAUCAGUGCAUGUACCCACUCUAUCAGUGCAUGCACCCACUCUAUCAGUGCAUGCACCCACUCUAUCAGUGCAUGCACCCACUCUAUCACUGCAUGCACCCACUCUAUCAGUGCAUGCACCCACUCUAUCACUGCAUGCACCCACUCUAUCAGUGCAUGCACCCACUCUAUCACUGCAUGCACCCACUCUAUCACUGCAUGCACCCACUCUAUCAGUGCAUGCACCCACUCUAUCACUGCAUGCACCCACUCUAUCAGUGCAUGCACCCACUCUAUCAGUGCAUGCACCCACUCUAUCAGUGCAUGCACCCACUCUAUCAGUGCAUGCACCCACUCUAUCACUGCAUGCACCCACUCUAUCAGUGCAUGUACCCACUCUCUAUCAGUGCAUGCACCCACUCUAUCACGCAUGCACCCACUCUAUCACUGCAUGCACACCCACUCUAUCAGUGCAUGCACCCACUCUAUCACUGCAUGCACCCACUCUAUCAGUGCAUGCACCCACUCUAUCAGUGCAUGCACCCACUCUAUCAGUGCAUGCACCCACUCUAUCAGUGCAUGCACCCACUCUAUCACUGCAUGCACCCACUCUAUCACUGCAUGCACCCACUCUAUCACUGCAUGCACCCACUCUAUCAGUGCAUGCACCCACUCUAUCAGUGCAUGCACCCACUCUAUCAGUGCAUGCACCCACUCUAUCACUGCAUGCACCCACUCUAUCAGUGCAUGCACCCACUCUAUCAGUGCAUGCACCCACUCUAUCAGUGCAUGCACCCACUCUAUCAGUGCAUGCACCCACUCUAUCAGUGCAUGCACCCACUCUAUCAGUGCAUGCACCCACUCUAUCAGUGCAUGCACCCACUCUAUCAGUGCAUGCACCCACUCUAUCAGUGCAUGCACCCACUCUAUCACUGCAUGCACCCACUCUAUCAGUGCAUGCACCCACUCUAUCACUGCAUGCACCCACUCUAUCAGUGCAUGCACCCACUCUAUCACUGCAUGCACCCACUCUAUCACUGCAUGCACCCACUCUAUCAGUGCAUGCACCCACUCUAUCAGUGCAUGCACCCACUCUAUCAGUGCAUGCACCCACUCUAUCAGUGCAUGCACCCACUCUAUCAGUGCGCACCCACUCUAUCAUGCAUGCACCCACUCUAUCACUGCAUGCACCCACUCUAUCACUGCAUGCACCCCACUCUAUCCCAGUGCAUGCCCCCUCCACCCACCCACACCACUCCCCCACUCUAUCAGUGCAUGCACCCACUCUAUCACUGCAUGCACCCACUCUAUCAGUGCAUGCACCCACUCUAUCAGUGCAUGCACCCACUCUAUCACUGCAUGCACCCACUCUAUCACUGCAUGCCCCCACUCUAUCAUGCACCCCCCCACUCCACCCCAUGCACCCACCCCCCCACUCAGCCACCCAACCCCCUCACUGCAUGCCCCACCUCCUCCAAUGCAUUGCAUGCACCCCAUCCUGCAUCCCCCCCUCUACACUGCAUGCACCCACUCUAUCACUGCAUGCACCCACUCUAUCAGUGCAUGCACCCACUCUAUCAGUGCAUGCACCCACUCUAUCAGUGCAUGCACCCACUCUUCACAGGCAUGCACCCACUCUAUCAGUGCAUGCACCCACUCUAUCAGUGCAUGCACCCACUCUAUCAGUGCAUGCACCCACUCUAUCAGUGCAUGCACCCACUCUAUCAGUGCAUGCACCCACUCUAUCAGUGCAUGCACCCACUCUAUCAGUGCAUGCACCCACUCUAUCAGUGCAUGCACCCACUCUAUCAGUGCAUGCACCCACUCUAUCAGUGCAUGCACCCACUCUAUCAUGCAUGCACCCCACUCUAUCAGUGCAUGCACCCACUCUAUCAGUGCAUGCACCCACUCUAUCAGUGCAUGCACCCACUCUAUCAGUGCAUGCACCCACUCUAUCAGUGCAUGCACCCACUCUAUCAGUGCAUGCACCCACUCUAUCAGUGCAUGCACCCACUCUAUCAGUGCAUGCACCCACUCUAUCAGUGCAUGCACCCACUCUAUCAGUGCAUGCACCCACUCUAUCACUGCAUGCACCCACUCUAUCAUGCAUGCACCCCACUCUAUCAGUGCAUGCACCCACUCUAUCAGUGCAUGCACCCACUCUAUCAGUGCAUGCACCCACUCUAUCAGUGCAUGCACCCACUCUAUCAGUGCAUGCACCCACUCUAUCAGUGCAUGCACCCACUCUAUCAGUGCAUGCACCCACUCUAUCAGUGCAUGCACCCACUCUAUCAGUGCAUGCACCCACUCUAUCACUGCAUGCACCCACUCUAUCAGUGCAUGCACCCACUCUAUCAGUGCAUGCACCCACUCUAUCACUGCAUGCACCCACUCUAUCAGUGCAUGCACCCACUCUAUCAGUGCAUGCACCCACUCUAUCAGUGCAUGCACCCACUCUAUCAGUGCAUGCACCCACUCUAUCACUGCAUGCACCCACUCUAUCAGUGCAUGCACCCACUCUAUCAGUGCAUGCACCCACUCUAUCAGUGCAUGCACCCACUCUAUCAGUGCAUGCACCCACUCUAUCAGUGCAUGCACCCACUCUAUCAGUGCAUGCACCCACUCUAUCAGUGCAUGCACCCACUCUAUCAGUGCAUGCACCCACUCUAUCAGUGCAUGCACCCACUCUAUCAGUGCAUGCACCCACUCUAUCAGUGCAUGCACCCACUCUAUCAGUUGCAUGCACCCACUCUAUCAGCUGCAUGCACCCACUCUAUCACGUGCAUGCACCCACUCUAUCACUGCAUGCACCCACUCUAUCAGUGCAUGCACCCACUCUAUCAGUGCAUGCACCCACUCUAUCACUGCAUGCACCCACUCUAUCAGUGCAUGCACCCACUAUCAUGCAUGCACCCACUCUAUCAGUGCAUGCACCCACUCUAUCAGUGCAUGCACCCACUCUAUCAGUGCAUGCACCCACUCUAUCAGUGCAUGCACCCACUCUAUCACUGCAUGCACCCACUCUAUCAGUGCAUGCACCCACUCUAUCAGUGCAUGCACCCACUCUAUGCAUGCACCCACUCUAUCACUGCAUGCACCCACUCUAUCAUGCAGCACCCACUCUAUCAGUGCAUGCACCCACUCUAUCAGUGCAUGCACCCACUCAUACCAGUGAUGCACCCACUCUAUCAGUGCAUGCACCCACUCUAUCACUGCCUGCACCCACUCUAUCAGUGCAUGCACCCACUCUAUCAGUGCAUGCACCCACUCUAUCAGUGCAUGCACACCACUCUAUCAGUGCAUGCACCACUCUAUCAGUGCAUGCACCCACUCUAUCAGUGCAUGCACCCACUCUAUCAGUGCAUGCACCCACUCUAUCAGUGCAUGCACCCACUCUAUCAGCUGCAUGCCACCCACUCUAUCAGUGCAUGCACCCACUCUAUCACUGCAUGCACCCACUCUAUCAGUGCAUGCACCCACUCUAUCAGUGCAUGCCACCUCACUCAUCCCCUCUAUCAGUGCAUGCACCCACUCUAUCAGUGCAUGCACCCACUCUAUCAGUGCAUGCACCCACUCUAUCAGUGCAUGCACCCACUCUAUCAGUGCAUGCACCCACUCUAUCAGUGCAUGCACCCACUCUAUCAGUGCAUGCACCCACUCUAUCAGUGCAUGCACCCACUCUAUCAGUGCAUGCACCCACUCUAUCAGUGCAUGCACCCACUCUAUCAGUGCAUGCACCCACUCUAUCAGUGCAUGCACCCACUCUAUCAGUGCAUGCACCCACUCUAUCAGUGCAUGCACCCACUCUAUCAGUGCAUGCACCCACUCUAUCAGUGCAUGCACCCACUCUAUCAGUGCAUGCACCCACUCUAUCAGUGCAUGCACCCACUCUAUCAGUGCAUGCACCCACUCUAUCAGUGCAUGCACCCACUCUAUCAGUGCAUGCACCCACUCUAUCACUGCAUGCACCCACUCUAUCAGUGCAUGCACCCACUCUAUCAGUGCAUGCACCCACUCUAUCAGUGCAUGCACCCACUCUAUCACUGCAUGCACCCACUCUAUCAGUGCAUGCACCCACUCUAUCAGUGCAUGCACCCACUCUAUCAGUGCAUGCACCCACUCUAUCACUGCAUGCACCCACUCUAUCAGUGCAUGCACCCACUCUAUCAGUGCAUGCACCCACUCUAUCAGUGCAUGCACCCACUCUAUCAGUGCAUGCACCCACUCUAUCAGUGCAUGCACCCACUCUAUCAGUGCAUGCACCCACUCUAUCAGUGCAUGCACCCACUCUAUCACUGCAUGCACCCACUCUAUCACUGCAUGCACCCACUCUAUCAUGCAUGCACCACACUCUAUCAGUGCAUGCACCCACUCUAUCAGUGCAUGCACCCACUCUAUCACUGCAUGCACCCACUCUAUCAGUGCAUGCACCCACUCUAUCAGUGCAUGCACCCACUCUAUCAGUGCAUGCACCCACUCUAUCAGUGCAUGCACCCACUCUAUCAGUGCAUGCACCCACUCUAUCACUGCAUGCACCCACUCUAUCACUGCAUGCACCCACUCUAUCAGUGCAUGCACCCACUCUAUCAGUGCAUGCACCCACUCUAUCAGUGCAUGCACCCACUCUAUCAGUGCAUGCACCCACUCUAUCAGUGCAUGCACCCACUCUAUCAGUGGCAUGCACCCACUCUAUCAUGCAUGCACCCACUCUAUCAGUGCAUGCACCCACUCUAUCAGUGCAUGCACCCACUCUAUCAGUGCAUGCACCCACUCUAUCAGUGCAUGCACCCACUCUAUCAGUGCAUGCACCCACUCUAUCAGUGCAUGCACCCACUCUAUCAGUGCAUGCACCCACUCUAUCACUGCAUGCACCCACUCUAUCAGUGCAUGCACCCACUCUAUCAGUGCAUGCACCCACUCUAUCAGUGCAUGCACCCACUCUAUCAGUGCAUGCACCCACUCUAUCAGUGCAUGCACCCACUCUAUCAGUGCAUGCACCCACUCUAUCAGUGCAUGCACCCACUCUAUCAGUGCAUGCACCCACUCUAUCAGUGCAUGCACCCACUCUAUCAGUGCAUGCACCCACUCUAUCAGUGCAUGCACCCACUCUAUCAGUGCAUGCACCCACUCUAUCAGUGCAUGCACCCACUCUAUCAGUGCAUGCACCCACUCUAUCAGUGCAUGCACCCACUCUAUCAGUGCAUGCACCCACUCUAUCACUGCAUGCACCCACUCUAUCACUGGCAUAUGCACCCACUCUAUCAGUGCAUGCACCCACUCUUUAUCACUGCAUUGCACCCACUCUAUCAGUGCAUGCACCCACCUAUCAGUGCAUGCACCCACUCUAUCACUGCAUGCACCCACUCUAUCAGUGCAUGCACCCACUCUAUCAGUGCAUGCCACCCACUCUAUCAUGCAGCACCACUCUAUCAGUGCAUGCACCCACUCUAUCACUGCAUGCACCCACUCUAUCACUGCAUGCACCCACUCUAUCAGUGCAUGCACCCACUCUAUCAGUGCAUGCACCCACUCUAUCAGUGCAUGCACCCACUCUAUCAGUGCAUGCACCCACUCUAUCAGUGCAUGCACCCACUCUAUCAGUGCAUGCACCCACUCUAUCAGUGCAUGCACCCACUCUAUCACUGCAUGCACCCACUCUAUCAGUGCAUGCACCCACUCUAUCACUGCAUGCACCCACUCUAUCAGUGCAUGCACCCACUCUAUCAGUGCAUGCACCCACUCUAUCACUGCAUGCACCCACUCUAUCACUGCAUGCACCCACUCUAUCACUGCAUGCACCCACUCUAUCAGUGCAUGCACCCACUCUAUCAGUGCAUGCACCCACUCUAUCACUGCAUGCACCCACUCUACACUGA